AUGAAGAAAGCAUCCCGCCGCUCCGCAAGAAAGAGUCAACAGCACGAGUCGGCGGAAUCUAAGCAAGAUGCAGGCGCUCCAGCGACUCUUACAUCGACUACCACGAACACUCCCCAGAAAACCCCGAGUCGUCAGAGUACGGCAAAGACUCAGAUCAAGACCUCGCCUGAAAUGUCACUCGACGAGCCCGUCGUGGGCUACCCAUCAAACGAUAUGGAGAUAAGCCAUCGCGACAAACAACGCAUUGUCGACGAAAUUCACAAUGUGAAGGACAUCGACGCACGCUGGCACGAGAAAUGGGACAAUCCCCUUCCGCUCAAGCGAACACCUAAUAUGACCAAUGAAAAAUGGCAUAGAACGAUCACGGACAAUUACAACACAUGGUACAAAGAAUCCCUGGAGGCUCUCGAAGCAAAGAAGAAGCUCUACCCCGAACUCAUCCGAGCGUGGGGUCAAUACACAGAGGAAGGUCUCAUGCAGAAGACGAAAGGCGAUGACAUGAUAUACAAUGCCGAACAGCGACUCGCCAAUGCCGUUCGAGACAUCAUACUCUUGAAAACCCGUAAACAUAGGCUCAUGGGAGACCUCCUCGAUACAACUCUGAGACUCGAAAAAAUGGAGAUGGCAUAUUUGGAUCUUCUGAUGCAGCGCCAGCUUGAGCCUGAGGGUGCCCUCGAUUGGUUCAAGAUCAAGGAUAGGGACAGCGCAUCACAGAGUGCGUUCAGGGAAAGUCUUAGCAAGCGUUAUGAGAGCGAAUGUCAGAUCUCCACAGCGCUCUGGUGUCCGAUAACCAGGCGCUACCAAACAUCCGACGACAUGAGGGCCGCCCAUCUGGUCCCACACAACACCUAUGAAGGAAAUUGCGCCUAUAUAUUUGGCCCACCAACAUCGAAAGACGGCCAUCUCAAUGACAUAUCGAAUGGGCUUCUUAUGCACAAAGAUCUCGAAAAGGCAAUGGACAAAGCUGCGAUCCUCAUCGUCCCAGCUUGUGAGGGAGACAUUGACCCGGAAACCGGCGAAGUCGUGGACUUCAAGGAAGACAAGGAGCCAUACAAGGUUCGAGUUCUGAGCUUAGCAGGCUUACGCAUACUGCACCCAGAAUCAGUCGGCCACUGCAAGCUAUCAGAUCUCGACGGGAGGAUUCUGGAAUUCAAGAAUGAGCUUCGCCCAAAGAAGCAAUAUUUGUGGUUUGUCGCGAUUACGACCAUCGCACGUCGACGUCGAGCGAAGUGCCCAAGCUGGCCAUCGGAUUUGAAGGUGCUGGGCGAAGCUAUGUGGGCUUGUCCAGGUGCAUGGAUCCGCAAAUCGAUCAUGCAUACCAUAAUGAGGUCAAUUGGCUUUGUCGACAACCCCGAAGCCUAUCUGAAAUUAGGUCCCACGAUGACUGGCUCCAGAGAAGAAGGCCUUUACGACAGUGAAAUUGUCGACCGUUUGUCUAUCGACUUGGUCAUGAAGAAAGGAUCACCUUCAACAACCUCGGUAGACACAUCGGGAACUUGGUCGCAAUUGGCACUUGAGAACAAAGCGACAGCUCAAGACGAAGCAACAUCUGAAGACGAAGCAACAUCUGAAGACGAAGCGAUACCUGAAGACGAAGCGAUACCUGAAGAUGAAGCGACACCUGAAGAUGAAGCGACACCUGAAGUAGGAUUACGUGGAGGCCAGGGCUCUUCACUAAGCGAUACCACACGAGCUGGCAUGCUACCCGAUUCUUUUUGGGAAUCAAGCCUACGCGCUGUGAGCAGGUUCACGAACCUUGUGGACUGA